AUGAGCCGCAGUGGUGGUCGAGGUACGCUGGCCAUUGUUCUCGGCGCGGCGGUGGUGGGACUGCCAGGGCUUUAUUGGGAGUUCUACUUGGCUGAGCGGGACCGCCCCCUAGAGGUGUUGCCGGUUCGACCGCCACCGCCGUCGCCACCGCCCUUACCACCGCGACCGCCGGCUCCGCCUGCACUGGCUCCGCCUGUGCCGGCUCCGCCUGCGCCGGCUCCGCCUGCGCCAGCUCAGCGGCCGGUGGAUGCGGAGGAUGAGCAGAUGUCGCCCGGCCCCUACCGGCCAAAGCUUUACGCGAAGGACGCGGAGUGCGCGGACCAGGCAGUAGAGAUCGGGGACUUGCCCAGCGAAGAGGCGUGCGACAAGGUGGUCGCCACCAAGCAGGAGUGCGGCCGACACUUCAUGUUCAGCACUGCCCAUCCUGACUGGAAAUGCCGCUGCUGUGCACCCUUCGGGGAGGAAGGGGGGCCCACGUCGGACCAGUGGAGCGUGUACAAGGCGCAGGUGCCCAGGGACCCGUCCCUGCCGGCGAUGCCGCCUGCACCGCCCCCGGUGGACCCGUUGGCGGGCCUGCCGGUGGCCGCAAGUCGCCCCACCUGGCUGAUGCGGAAGGACGCGCUGGUGGUGGACGCCCGGAAGGCCAGUUCCGGGGGGAUGAUCAUCUUGCAGGCGGUGCUGAGUGACUCGCACAGCACCUGGGGCAACGCCAAAGACAACAAGAAGCUGGAGGACCGCCCGGACUGGCUGCGGGCCAUUCUGGCGACCAACCAGGCACAUGCCGAGAAGCACGGGCAUGUCAUGGUGAUCAGAGCGCACCCCACGGAGCCCCAGCUCUUUGACUGGAUGAUCAAGGACUGCGGGAAGAAGAGCCUUCGGGUUUGCACCAAAAUGAACGAGCGGGAGAGCUUCAACUGGGAGAAGCAUCUCAUGAUGCAGGACUACCUGCUCAGUCCGCAGGAAUUCAGCCAUGUGCUAAUGUUGGAUGCGGACGCAGCCCUGAUUCAGCCCCAGCUGGACACGCUUCGGCGCAUUGCAGAGAUCCUGGACAAAAAGGGCAAGGAGCUGUUUUUGACCAACGAGGACUGGUUGGAUGAGAACGGGGCCCGCAGGAUCAAUGGCGGGCUGAUGCUUGCUAAGAACACCAUCUUCACUCAGAAUCUCUUUCAAGACACCUUCGAAUCUCACGUGAAGGGCUACCAGACCUUGAAGAACGCCCGCAUCGGCACCGGGGUGCUGCGCUGCACCAGCAAUGAGCAGAUCUGUUUGAAUGACUUGUACUACGGCGACCAGGAGCACUUCACCCACAAAGUGAUCAUGGCCAGUGGCAAGAAGUACAACCGCGGCGCAGAGCGGGGCGGGGAGGCGCACAUCACCGACGAGACCACUGAGAUCAUGCAUUGGAUGGGGGGCGCCAAGGCCACUGCCGGCAAGGCCCUUUGCGACGGCGAACGGGAUCUCACAUUUGGCGGCCCCAACGGCUAUGGAUGCAGGAAGAGGUAA